UUAGGAGGAAGAUCAAGAACUCUAGGGUUGAGAGACCUCUAUCUACUCUUCAGGGGACAUGUUUGCUUACCUCUCAGGUGCUCUGCUGUCCUGAGGCCUGGCCGUGCCCGUGCACGAGGAGAACCCCUGAAGUUCGCCUGGAGGAAGAAGCAUGCAGGGCUUCCCCAGAGGAAGUGUGGGCCGAGGGCUGUCCCCUGUGGACAGGCAGACGCUCCUGGUCUGCAGCUUUGUCCUGGCAGCAGCUUUGGGCCAAAUGAAUUUCACAGGUGACCAGGUUCUUCGAGUCCUGGCUAAAAAUGAGAAGCAACUUUCACUUCUUAGAGAUCUGGAGGGCCUGAAGCCUCAGAAGGUGGACUUCUGGCGUGGCCCAGCCAGGCCCAGCCUUCCUGUGGAUAUGAGAGUUCCUUUCUCUGAACUGAAGGACAUCAAAGCUUACCUGGAGUCUCAUGGCCUUGCUUACAGCAUCAUGAUAAAGGACAUCCAGGUGCUGCUGGACGAGGAGAGAGAAGCCAUGGUGAAAUCCCGCUGGCUGGAGCGCAGCACCAGUGGCUUCAGUUACUCCUCGUAUCACACCCUGGAGGAGAUAUAUAUCUGGAUCGACAACUUUGUAACUGAUCAUUCAGAUAUUCUCUCAAAAAUUCAGAUUGGCCACAGCUUUGAAAAUCGGUCCAUUCUUGUUCUGAAGUUCAGCACUGGAGGUUCGCAGCGCCCAGCCAUCUGGAUCGACACUGGAAUCCACUCCCGGGAGUGGAUCACCCAUGCCACCGGCAUCUGGACUGCCAGGGAGAUUGUCAAUGAAUAUGGCAAAGACUGCAUCGUGACAGACGUACUGAAUGCCGUGGACAUCUUUAUGGAGAUUGUCUCCAACCCUGACGGGUUUGCUUAUAGCCACAGCAUGAACCGCUUGUGGCGGAAGAACAAGUGCAGCAGACCCGGAAUCUUCUGCAUUGGUGUGGAUCUUAACAGGACCUGGAAGUCAGGCUUUGGAGGAAAUGGUUCUGACAACAACCCCUGCUCAGAGACUUAUCAUGGGCCCUCCCCUCAGUCAGAGCCAGAAGUGGCUGCCAUUGUGGACUUCAUCACGUCCCACGGGAACAUCAAGGCUCUGAUCUCCAUCCACAGCUACUCUCAGAUGCUCAUGUACCCCUAUGGCCACUCUCUGGAGCCUGUUUCAAACCAGGAAGAGUUGGUGAGAUUGGCUGCUUAGGGCUUGGGGGAGGCAUCCAGCAGACUCCCAACAGGCCCCAUGGUAGGGAGUGGGGGGUGGGGGGACUUGUUCUCACUUGUGAUCAAGUUCAAAACUGGAGGUGCUGUGCUUCCUUCUCACAAGAGCCAUCUACAUGUUCAACUUCCAAGACUCUGAAGACCCUGCUUCUCAGCAGCUGGUGAGGGUGUGGGAGUGUGGGGAGCACCGGCAUCUCACUCUCUGGAUUUAAUCUUGCAGUACAGUCUUGCCAAGGAUGCAGUGCAGGCCCUGUAUGAGGUUCAUGGGAUCGAGUACAUUUAUGGCAGCAUCAGCACCACCCUCUGUGAGUGAG